AACAGCCAUUUGAUUGACAUCCACAGAAACACAAACAAUGAAUUCUAUAUACAAUCAUGGGGUUAAGCAGACACAGACCAUAACAAAAGAUCUAUCUGAGUUCGAGCAGAACCUUUCUACUUCGCCAUUGUCGUUGCAAGGUGCCAUAACAACAUCCAUCACUGUAUUUAAGAAAACCAUCAAGGAAUAUCAUGAUUUGUUAGAAAAAAGCAAGAAUGAUCCAUCAUACCCCAAACACGAAAGCAGAUUUCAAAAAUUUAGUCAUGAUGUCCAUGAAUUUCAAACUAAAUUUGAAAGCUUAAAACUUCAGAGAGAUACAAUUGUCCAAGAAAGCAACAAACAGGAAUUGUUUGGACGGAGACAUACUCACAACUCAACUACUAGUUCAGACAAUCCCUACGAUACUACUAACCAACAACAACAAAGUUACAUGUCAUACCAGGAAGGGUUAUAUAAGGAGAAAGAUGCACUUUCCCGAGGUACUGAACAACUAGAUCAUAUCCUAGAAAUGGGACAACAAGCAUUUGAAGAUAUCGUAGAUCAAAACGAAGUAUUGAGAAGACUUCAAACCAAAUUCGAAGAAAGUUUAGUCGUAUUGGGUGUAAGUCGAGGAACAAUUCGAAGCAUAGAAAGAAGAGCAAAACAAGAUAAGUGGUUAUUUUGGUUCUGUGUAGUUGUGAUGCUUGUUAGUUUCUAUUACAUAGUUAAGAUAUUUAGGUGAAAUUUUUUUUUUUGUCUAUAACCCAACCAAUUGAAUUUAAUAUCAAACAUAUUCUCAGCUUCUGCUAAUUAGGAUGUAUUCGCUUAAGUGAUCGUAGCAAUUCACAUGUCUAUCGAUCUCCUCUUAACAACAGAGGCUCAGAGUAGGCUUAUAUCCCAUUGACAACACGAAUCGACAAAUUUCGUAAUUUGGAUAUAACUUUACCCCCGUUACUCCCCGGAUAACCUUAACAGGUUAUAUGGCAACUGCAAAAAGCUGUAAAGUUCUGUGGGGUGAAUGCAAAAAUUAUCAAUUUUUCCUUAUCGCGGUAAAUCCUUCCUAUUCUAAGUGACUACUGCAAAUGAAAAACAGACACAUACUGUCAAUU